AACAGAUUUUGAGGGCGACAGCUGCUUCAGGAUGCAACUGGACAUAAUAAUGGUGCUGCUCCUGGUCGCGGGGUUGGCCAGUGGCCUUCCCCCUAUUGGUAAUGCAACCCUGUGCCUCAAUGUCGGUAAUGGAGAACAACGUUGUGGUAGUUGUUUACAGCCUGUUGAGUGCCAGGGCCAAGCACCAAACGAUAUUCUAAAUCAUUGCUACCCAGGCACAGUGUGUGAGCAGAUCAAACCGAACCAAGUAUCAUGCGUUCCGAUUGCAUCGGCCACGGCAUGCCAGUGCACCAGCGACAAGUGCGACGAUUACGAUGCACAGUUCACAGUCACAUGUGACGCCAGCGUCAUUACGGAUGUAGUUGACUGCACGGCAGGUGAACAGUGUGUUGAGAACGGAAUUUGUAGUGCUUGUGCAGGAACCACCGGCACUGUAGAUUUCUUCGUUGACCAGCAAUGCAGAUCCAGGUACAGAUGUAAUGGCGGAGUUUUCUAUGACGCCGUAAACUGUGCCGAGGGCGAGUACGUGUCAAAAGAUGGCACCUGUUCCCAAGCGCCGCCCACACCUUGUGCAGAAGCUGAUAAAUGCACAGUUGGAUUCUGUCCUGACUUGACUAACUGCACACGGUACUACAUCUGUGAUCCAAAUCAAGAGCCUUCGGCAACCGGACCUUUUUCGUGCCCAUCAAAUCAGUGCUUCGACUAUAAUACAAAUACAUGUGGGCCCGGAUGUAAUUGUGAUCCAUGGACUGAUUGUGAUUUCACAUCAGCAGUUGUGACAACAAGUACGAGUACAACAAGUGCGAGUACAACAAUCGCGAGUACAACAACAGUCUCGCUUUAUACACCACCACCAAAUUGCGACGCAAGCAGCGUUGGAAACUUUCCCUAUGGACCGUGUGAUCCACAUUACUGGGCGUGUCGCCAGGGUAGCGGCACCAGCUACGUGGUGGUGGAGAUGCAGUGCCCCAACGGUCUGGUGUUCAGCACCAACCUCGACUACCCCUACUGCGUCGACCCCAGCGAAGAGCCCACCUGUCUUGCUUACGCUGCUGAACACUGAACACUACAACUCAACGGCCCGGCGUUAUGCACUGACCCCAGCUACCUUAUAUUUCGACGACCUCAGCACUAUCUCCACUUGAUAGUUCCCCAAGAAGGUUAACUAGUGUGCUUCGAAACCUUCUUAGAGGACCGAAU